AAUCAUUAUCAUUUAAAACGUGAAACGUUGCGGUGCUUAAUGGAGAACUGAGGACUGACUGGUUUAAUCAAAACGCAUUUCAAAAAGAAAAGAAAAAAAAAAUAAGUGAAAUGUUUAAAAUAAGAAAGGUUAAAAAUUAAACAAACAAAAAUAAACAAAUAUUUAAUUGCUAUAACUUAAUAAAAUUUGCUACUAUAUUAAAAAUAUAUUUAAUAAAUAAAAAAAUUGUUGUGGUUUUGUUAAAACAAAAUGUUUAGCUUAAAAAUUAAUAUAAAUUUAAAUUUUUUUUUUUGUUUGUUAUUGGCGAAUUGUGUUAGUAAAGUUAUAACAUAUCCAACACAAAAUUUAUCUUUAUGUAAUUGCAUCUUAUUACAAUCCUGUGAAGCUUUCAACACAUUUAUCGAUAGCUCCUCCAACGAUGCACACAUUAAGGCUGUCAUACAAGAGGCAGUUUGCUAUUUCGAUGGUAUUAGCAUAUUUGUCUGUUGUCCGGAUAAACUCAAUCAUAAACAGAAUGCCAAGGAGAAACCUAAAUUGGAUUAUAUAGAUGAAUUAACGGGAUUAAACUGUCCGCCCUCCUUUGGCCAUGAAUACAAUUAUGAUGAAUAUUUAAAAGCACACGAUGAAAUUGAAACAAAAUACUAUGACGCUCAUUCGACCAAUACGCCAAAUUAUGCGAAUAAUUAUGGUGAGGUUAAUAAUAAACACCAUGAGCAAGCUACGCCGGUAAUCUGUGAUACGCUGCGUAAUUGUGGCCCUUUUGCAUAUCCUCAUACAAGUGGUCAUUUGCCUUCAACGCAACAAUAUCCCUCAUUUCAUCAUCAUGAUCAUGAACAUGUUCACCAUCAUCAUCUUGACCAUGACGUACCAUUUUUUCCUCAUACUCAUAACAAUAAUAAUAAUAAUCAAGAUUAUCCUAUGCAGCGGGUUACACCAAAGCCUGAGAAAUCUUCGACCAGAAGUUGUGGCAUAUUACCUACGGUCUCUGGUGGUAAUAUUGAAGUUUUUCCCUGGAUUACACGUUUAGCUUAUUUAAAUACAACUAGUAGAACGAUACGUUAUCGAUGUAUGGGUACUAUAAUAAGUGAACAACAUGUAUUAACUGCUGCACAUUGUGUGGAUCAAUUAGUACGAGAUUUAAGAUUGAUUUAUGUUCGUAUUGGUGAUGAGACAAACUUUGAAGAUUAUCAAAUUUUGGAAACUAUAGUGCAUCCAAAUUACAAUGAACCCUUAUUUAAUAAUGAUGUAGCCCUUUUAAGAAUAGCCAUAACCUCGGAAUCAAAAGGACCUUUAAUACAAAUUUGCUUACCACAAACAAAUAGUAGUGCUUUAACAGGAGAUACGGGAGUUGUGGCCGGUUGGAGCAGUAAUGGUAUUUCUACACUUAAAAGUUCAACAAUACGUUACAUUAAUUUACCCAUUAUGAAUAAUACAGAAUGUGCCAUACGAUAUGCUAAAUAUAGUGAAAAUUUUGAAAUUAGUAUAGUUAUAACACCAACUGAAUUUUGUGCUCAAGCUGAGGCCAUGAACGAUGUAUGCGAAGGCGAUAGCGGUGGUCCAUUUAUGGAACGUUCUUCUUCUGGACGCUAUACAUUGAUAGGUAUUGUGGCUUUUGGUCCAAAAACCAAUUGUGGCCAGUCGAAUUUACCCGGUGUCUAUAUGAGAGUUAGUUCGUAUGUAGAUUGGAUUAAAAGUAAUAUAAUUAUUUAAUUAAAAUUAUAAGAAAUAA